UAUUAACUGUACAUACAAUGUAGCCCUACUCUGAACCUGUGCUACCGUAUAGAUUUUCAAUAAAUGGAUUUGGGAUUAAAUCUUCAAAAAUAGAGCAUUGUAUAAUAUUAAACUGCAUAGAAUUUCAAACAAAAGUUAGUCGAAGCUUGACCCAAGCAAAAGAGUGUGUAUAAACUUGCAGUUGUGCAACAGCACAGGUUUAAACCAUUUUGGACUGUUGAAACUUGAGUGUAACAGUUGGAGUAUCAAUCGCUAUAUUUGACUUUAAGAGCGGGAAAUAAAUCCAGUAACCUGAUACCAGGAAGUCAUUGUUCAGCAAUUCCUCAAAACUUGAAAUCUUGAAUAGAAUAUAUAUAGAGAAGAACAAAGAACAAAAGUAUGACAGGGUUACGCCAGUUGGUGGUGGUGAUUUUGGUUACCAUGUUUGGGCAGGCAUGGGGUAUGCCUUUUACCCUGUGUAAUCCGAACACCACUCCAUCCAGUCUACCGAGACUGCCUAACCAGUUCCAAGUUCACAUUGAGGGAAACUUUGUGAAUAAAAAUUACACAAAAAACUUCCAGGAGUUCUACGACUACCCGAACAACCGAGGAGCUAUCAUGAGCUCCAGCUCUCAUAUCGACACGGUGCACAGAACAGUCAUGAACUUCACUGCCGGAACUUCACAAAGGAUUGACAGUGAUGGGUCCUGCACGAGACAGCCAAUCAAUGCUUCCGGGGGCUACAGCAUCUUUGGCAAAGAUUCCAACCAUAUCAACACAGUGAACGAUCUUCUGUACUUUGGUGAUAAUAUGGGAGAAGAAUACAUAGGUGUAGACACUAUUCGAGGAAUCCCGGUGAACCACUGGCAGACUUGUCUACACAUAAAUAACACCUACAUGAAUGCAACAAUGACACUGGACUACUACUUUCUUCAAAACUCCACCUAUACAAUAGAUGGAAAACAAGGGUUCGUCCCGGUCAGAGCAAUGGUUAAUGGCACGGGUUCAAGGAAGAACAGCACCAGCCCACACAAUUUCCUGCAUUACUAUGAGUUUACCAACUUCAAGGCAGGACCAAUCGAAGAUGAGGAGCAUGUUUUCCAGGUUCCGGUUGGGACGAUCUGUCAUGAUAAAAACAUUACCUCCCACGAAAAGCUUCCAAAAAUAGCCCAUCAGUUCUCGGUCGCCUCAGAGACGAUCCGGCAACAGCCUGGUCGCCCAGCGAUAAAGGAAGGGCUCCAGCUCUAUAUAGAUAAACAAUCUUCCAUCUACCGUAUUGAUGCAACUCGACCUGCACCAGAGUUGAUUUCUCAGUUCGGAAAUAGACCCCUUUCCACUGUUUAUGAUAACAACAAGGAUGGUUAUAUGUACACAAUCGAUCUUGUGGAGGGUAACUGUACAAUAAUGAAUCUGCCCGCCACACACAAUGUGAGCCAGAAGGGAUUCCAGGUUCCCCUUCUUAUGCAACCUUUUGAGGCGAAGUACAAGAACAUGACUGCACAGGGAACGAAAACGUGGCGAGGGCAGAGCGUUCUUUCCUGGGGUUAUAUAAACUCAAGUACUGGGGAAAUUCUCGAGCUACUCUUUUCAAAGGAGGUUCAAGUAACUCCAGGUCCAAAGUUGGGAGGACCGACCACCAACCAGCUGAACGAUGUCUUUGUUCCUGUCGGCCUCUACCACUAUUUGUCUAGCAAGAUCAAGGUCACGGAGCAUUUGGUUCACUAUACAGUUGGUCAUCCGACUCAAGAUGCAUUUGACGUGUCAAAGUGCUACGCCCCCGGUCACCAUUAUGCUGCCAUGUAUGUCAUGGUUGCCUCAAAGGAUACCUACGGUGAUUACAACAUUGAUGCGGUGACCAACCACUACCAGAGUGAGUUUGUGGCUGCCUUCAAACACACUAUUGCCAAGGUAGCCAAGGUGUCCGUUACCAGGGUAACAGGAGUCUCGUGGGAAUCAGAUAGACAGUUGGACACCUCCAUACAGGUCCGGUUUAAACUCCUUGACAACCACGCUAAAGCUAAAGGUACCAACCAUUCCAAGGGAAUAACUCUGGCAUCUGCGAAGGAGUUUCUGGUGUUCGGCAUACAGGCAGGUGGAUCCAUCGGAAAACUUGAGUUUACGUUUCAUUCUCGCAAUGAUCACAAUGUGACAAUGGAGAUCACCCUGGGCAGUUUAUGGGAGGAAAAUCAGAACAGCUCGAGUGAAAAUUACAAGUCCACCAUGAACAAAUACGGACCAGGUUCGAUGGCUGGUCUGGGUAUCGGGAUGCUUGUUUUGGGUGCCCUACUAGGACUCGCAGCUGCUUUUGUGAUCUACAAGCGAACAGACCAGGAAGUCCCAUACAGGAGCGACCAGAAUCUAUAACCUGACAUUCUUUAGAGUAUAUAUGCACCUCUCAAUGUUUUUCCUGACCAGUGACAUGUAAUGGGGCUCUCUUGGCGAUUUUAGGCAAUCAGGCCCCAAUGUCACAAAAGUACUCCAGUCACAUCUCAAUCUCAACUCAUGUUACCACAUAAAAGCAUAGUAGGAUUUAAAAUCUUGCAUGUUUAUAUUCUUUUUGUAUAUAUGUGUUCCCAUAUAAUGUGUUGAUAAAUAGAUUUUGUCCAUAUUUCAAAGUAAACUAAUUCUAAAGCAAAUAAGAUUCUUGAGUACAUGUUGAAAAACACUGAAUUGUACUCAAAUACAUUUUUGGCUGUAGAAUACUUUUCCCACGGAAUCUUGAAUAAGGUGUGAAUCAACACAUCUUAUUAUAGAAUAUGCUUUAAAAAGGUAUAAAAACAUAUAUGAUUUUUAGUAACUUUUGAUGCUAUGUGGUUUAAUGUGUUGAGACUGAGAUCGAGAUUUUACUUAAGUAUUUCCGUGAUAUUGGGGCCUGCAGGAUUCUGACAGACCAACUGGGACAUCAAAUAAGCUUGAAGCUUUUGUGCCUGGAGCAUUCCAGGCUCCAGGGACCUUCGAUAAACCUCCCUUGCUCUUUCAUGGUGGGGCAAAACAUAGAUAGGUGCUAUACAUCAUCACCGUAAUACAAAAGCCCAAUCAAUGCUGAUACUUUAAUAUGCAGAAAUUAAGUUCUGUAUGUGGAAUCUUAUUGAAUGUAUGUUCAUGUUUGAUGUGCAGUUUUUGCAGUCAGUCUGUAUAUUUUGCUUAUCAAUUUUAUAAUUUUUUAUGUGCAACCUGCUGAUAUUAUACAUUUUUGUUCUUGUUUGGAUAUGGCUGACUUUGUGUUUUUGUUGAUAGUUAUUUAUUAAUUAUAAAUUUAACUAGUUGAUAUGUAGCAUUUCUAGGCUUCUAAUUUAUUAAUUUUGUUGUUUCAAUGGCUUUGUUGUUAUAAGAAAGUUCUCGUAUUAUAUAUAAGAUGUUUGUUUGUUAGAUGUGUAAUAAUGUCCUUAAUAUUUGUUAAGUUGUCUAAAUUAGCACAAGCCCUGCAGUUGUAAAAUGCUUUCUGGGCUUGCUCAAAUUUUGGAAUUUAUACAACUGGACUUGUUAUGUGUUUUUUUUUUCAUCUACAAGUCUAAUUUCGAUGACUGUUUGUGGUUGACGUUAUGACUGUUGUUCACAUUAAAGGGACUUGACACCAGGCCCCAAUUUCUCCAAACUUCUUAAGCUUAACAGGCUUAAGUCGCUUAUUUCAAUUAGCCAAAAUACAUACUAAUAAUGGAUUUUGAUAAAUGAAAAAUGGUUUUCUCUAAUUAGCAUACAGAGUUUUUUUAUAUAAUUUAUAAAAACUCUUAAAAAAGUAAAUAGAACGCAUAUUUUAGAACAACAAAAAUAGUGAGAUUAGCUUAAACCUGUUUUAAAGGACUUAAGAAGUUUCGAGAAAUUGGGGCCAGAUUUGCAAGAAAAAAAGAAAAUUGUCAAAAACUUACAUAGAAUAAUAUAGUUGUGUACAACGCAUUGAAUCUUACUGACUGAUGUAUCACAUUGUUUCGGACACCUGUGUCUUUGGCAGUUUUUGCGUAUUUUUUCAAUUCGAAAUUUACUGGGUUUGUCUACCAUGCAAAUCCCAGUGAAUUUAAAAAUAUGCCAGUAUAUGUAUCUGUACUAAUCAUGCAACUUUGAUAUGCUUCAUAUACACAUACAUAUACAUGGAAAAAAAUUAUAGGUUAUUUCUAAACGGGUAAACUCAGUAGAGAAAGUGACAAAAUAUUUGUUUAAUCAUGUCAAAUGAUGUAUUAUCUGCCUCCUACUAGCUCAGAUUUACAACUCUAGUCUUGUUUUGAGAUAAAUAGUGCAUUUGCCAAUUUUAGGACCAUCUGGUGUCUUGUCCCUUUAAUAUACUCAAAGUAUGACAAUCUUUUUUAAUCAGAGAUUAUGAGAGAUAUCAUAAAAUGUUUUAUUAACUAUAACUAUAAACAAUAGAAGUAUAAGUGACACCUGGCAAUAUUUAUACAAGAUUUUUGUGUAUUUGUUGCAUUAGAUAUAGUGCCAAGGUGGGCAUGUUCUACAGCAUGUUUAGAAAGUGAACCUGCAGACAGGGUUUUUUGUACAUGUAAGUCACGUAUAGUCACGAAAUAAGCUACCCAGUACUGAGCAGUAAUUAACAUGCUGGCUGUCAUUAUAACAAUUCACUUGACCAAUACAGAUAUUAUUGGUUGUAAAUACAUACAAGCACAUGGUUCUGUAACGGAUGGUUUGACGGCUUCUGACAAAAAACCUCCGACAAGCUACCAGGCGGAACGAGGGGGUCAUGUUAAUUGUUGUCAAUCACUACUUUAGUUAACUUAAAAAAGAACAAUAGAGCAUUUUCUGUUACAAAUAAUUUUAACAACAGAGCUUUCAUUUGAACUUUUGAUGAUAUUUUAUCAUUGUAACAAGCAUUUAUUCACAUUUUUCACAGAAGUACUUUGUUUGAUGCCUGACCCUAUAAAAACAUGACCAAGUCCCUUUAAAGCACCCAUAACUUCACUGUAUUUAUUGCAGACAAUGAAACUUAAGUGUAAGGUUAUCAUAAAAUCCUUAACAUUGCUUAACUUCAAAGUAUAUUUUUUUUUAUUUAAAAUGUUGAAGCUAGUUUAGAACAUUUAAAUAGAACAACUUUCAUGUUUUUAAAAAAUUGAAAUCAAGGCAGUGUGCUAAUACAAUACCAAACUCUUUUUAAAAUAAUAUUAAAGUCAUAUCAGUUUUGAUAUGAAACCUCAAUGAAAAUAUAUUGUUCUUCUAAAAAUAUUGUAGUUAUAUAACUUGUAUUAUGAUAUUACUCCUUUAUUUAAUGUACAUCAACAUCUAUACAUCUGUUAGUACAUGAGAUUGUUUCCAAUUUACUCUGCACAUGUUCUGUGUUUUUUCACAUCUUUAUAUUCAAGGUAUUCAUGCAAGGCUCUAAAAGUAGGUCCAGUCUGACUGAAGUAUAAGCUCUUCCUUGCUUGUGCUUCAAAUAUCUGAAUUAUCUGGAUUUUUAACACACAAUUGUAUUGUUAUUUAUAUCUCAGCCAAAAAAGAUCACAUGUCAAAACUAAGUGCUCUGCUUAACCUUCUAAAUGGCGUCACACAGCAAGGCCCUAAAUUUGGAUUCCCAGAAGAAAUUGGACAAAAUUAACUUCUAUGCUAACAUUAAAAGAUUCAAAUUAAUUUCAUUGGCUGAUGAAAAAGUUGUCAGAAGGUGAUCUAUUAUUGGUCAUCUUCAGAUCCUGAUCAUGCAUCACGUAUAAGCAGAUAUGAAUUAAAUCAAACAUUUUAGUUAGUCCUUACUCAAAUUUAGUCUUGCAAGCACCUUUCACAUUAUUGCUUUUUUAUUGUAUAAUAUUUUGUAUUGAAGUAUCCUAUGCAGAAUCUCAUUUUCAAUGUUUUUAUCCUCAUAAUUAUACAUAUCAUGAUUUAUAAUCAGUGAUGAAUUCCAAACAUUCCUUUUUGAUGUUGUUUUAUUUUUACAGUAUAUUUUUUGAGGUGUUUCAAAUCUUUAGAAUCUCAAAAACUCUUAUCAUUCUCUCUAUCAAUGUUUUUCUCAUCAUUUUAUGAAUGCUAGCAUUGUUUUUUCUGAUUGGGGAAAAUGCAUCCUUUGGACUGAAAUUUGGAAUUCCAAAUUUGCCUAGAAUUUGACAAUAACGCAAAAAAAAUGUGAUAAAUUUGUUUAUUUAAGAAAACACCAAAUCUUCUAUACAAAAUUGACCUUGGGGUCAAUUUUUUUAUCUGUCUCUUAGUGAAAUCCUGCUGUAUCUGUUGUGAAUGUUCUGUUAUUCAAUGUUCACAUGUAAACAUAUUGUCUUGUAACAUUUGAAGGGAGGAUAACUGACUGAAAAUUCCAAUCCGGAAAAUUUAGUUUGAGUAUGAGAGAUUCGGGCCCCCAUUUCUAUUUUUACCUAUUUCCAAUGCAAAUGUCCAGCAAAAAAAUCACUUUACAAUUGUACGAUAGUUUGAAAUUAAAAGCGCUCAAUCCUCAUUUCAAAGUAAAUUCCAUUCUUAAUCAUCCCUGCAUUUUGAAGCAAUGUCAUUGACAUAUGGCAUUAUAAUCUAUUGUCAUUAUCUGAUGCUAGUAAAACAAAAAAGUAAAAACCAAAAAGACUUAUCUGUAUAUUUAUCUACCUGUUUUUACAAUAUAUUUACAUUACAUAAUAAAAAUUCACAAUCAAGA